UAACGUUCUCUAACUGUCUCUAAUUGUCUCAAACUCACAAAACUCACUUGUCUAUAUUUGAUUGGCUCAGUGUCUUGGCACUAACUGUAUUUUUUUCUAUAGCUGGCAAGAUUGGAGAAGACUUGCUGCCUUCCCUUUCUCGGGACGAAAUCAAGGAUCUGUUUCCUGGUCCUGAAAACUUUCACAGGCGGCGGGCUAUAUGGCUUGUUGUAAAUAAAGAUGAAAUGGUGGAGACUGCUGCGGAACAACCACAGCCAUCAGCGACUGGAGGCAGUGGUCUUUCACAAGAAGUGCCCAACACUUCUAAGUUUGUGGUUAUGUCCAGCCCAGAAUUCAUAGUUUACACAGACAGUGAACUUGAACAGGUGCGACGCUCCUACUUCGAGCAGAAACGGAUGGGGACUGAGAACAUUGUGGAUUUAUCUAAGGAGCUCUUCUGCCGGCUCAUAAGAAACACUAUGUGUAAUAUGAUCUCAAUUGCAAGAGCCACAGAAGAUGCCAGAUACCCCACCAAACCAGAGGUCAAUGCCAUGGCAAAGCGAUUGGUGGAGUAUUAUCCAAUGGUAAAAGACUGGGAGCAUGUGGCCAAAAAGCUCAUGAAGAGGCUAUCGAAUGUAAAAAGCCCAAAGAAGGGCGUUCCUCCUGCAAAGAAACAACGGCGGGAAUUAGACGAAAUAUCAACUAGUGACUACGACGGGGAUUCAAGUGCUUCUACGGUCAUUCUUCAACGGUCCCCAGUCAGAGCCAGCACCCCAGUGCAACACCUGGAUAGCAGUGAUGAAUGUGGUUCCGGUGACAUCUUGGACAGCCAGAAAACCCAGGCAAGGCACUACAAGACACUGCAAGAGAUGUGCCGGUCCAAGAAGCCAAACAAAGCUUCACUAACCCAUUUGCUGAACUUGGAGUUUGAGUCGAGAAGACGGUUUAUAACCUCUGACACUCUAAAGGAGCAAGACCGACCCAGCAAGAUUCUGGAGGCAUAUUCUUGUUUCAAAGACUUGGAUCACGUCUUGGAUGAGUUGCAAAGGAUAAUACAGCCAAACAAUGCCCACUACGUCUCAGAGAUGAAGACUAGAUGGAACGACUUUUAUUCAAAGGUCCAAUUUUAUGGGGCGAUGAAAAAAGUGAUGAAACCCCCUAAAACAUUGGAUGGAGUGGAACAUGCCACUGCUGUGUUCAGAGUCCUGCCACUGCUCUUUCCAUCCAGCACUUUGCCACCUAAGAAGCUAGGUGCAAGCAGCGAGGCUGUUUUCCAUGUCCUUAAGGCUUCAGAGGACCCUGAUGCAUACUUGAGCAAGCGACCCCUGUCUUGUCCAGUUAUACUCGUCUGUGAGGAGAACUGCAUGAUCGCCAUUGGAAACACACCAGUGACCACCUUUGACAGGAAGAAGUUGGAUGAAGGCCUGCUCUACCUCUUGGGGUAUUACUAUUGCCUGCACCUCACUUAUCCAAAGUUCAUUUCCACCAUGCUCUCAGUAUUGCAAACUGAGGUUCUCCAGGACUCCCUGCAUGAACAAGAUUCAACUGCUUCCUACAAAAAAGCCAUUGCCGAGUGGAGGUCCUUCCUUGAGUAA